AUGGUGGCCGAAAUGGGCAUGUCCAUGAAAGCGGGAAGCUCUGGGUACUUGGAAAUGCAUCCAGAACGCAGAAUCGCCAUGUUUCAGAAUCCCUACAUCGUUGGAAUCACUUUCGCCGCUGGCAUUGGUGGUCUUCUAUUUGGCUACGAUACAGGCGUCGUUUCUGGCGCCCUUCUCUACAUAAAAGAGGAUUUCGAGCUGGUCAAGAACAGUAGCUUGUUUCAGGAAUUAAUUGUUGGGAUGGCAUUGGUUGGGGCAAUAUUUGGAGCUGCAGCGGGGGGUGUGGUAAAUGAUUGUUUGGGACGUAAGAGUGCGACCAUUAUAGCGGACAUACUAUUCACGGUGGGAUCAAUUGUAAUGGCAGCAGCACCAAAUCCUUACGUGAUAAUAGUUGGUAGGCUUCUGGUUGGGCUUGGUGUUGGUGCCGCCUCUGUUACUGCUCCUGUCUAUAUUGCAGAAGUAUCUCCUUCUGAAAUUAGAGGAGGACUAGUCAGUGCAAAUACCCUUAUGGUUACUGCUGGACAGUUUCUUUCCUUUCUCAUCAAUUAUGGCUUGACAAGAGUUCCUGGGACAUGGCGUUGGAUGCUUGGAGUUGCUGGCCUUCCAGCUGUCAUUCAGUUUAUCCUCAUGAUCUUUCUCCCCGAGUCUCCUAGAUGGCUUUAUUUGAAGAAUAAGAAAGAGGAAGCGGUGCGUGUGCUGUCUAAGAUACACAGUUCACCUAGAUUGGAGGACGAGAUUGAUAUACUUGAAGAACUGGUGAAGCAAGAAAGCGAGAAUAAGGUGAAAGUGAAGUACAGUGAUGUUUUCAGGAAGAAAGAAAUAAGAGUUGCAUUCAUAUGUGGUGCUGGACUUCAGCUAUUUCAGCAAUUUGCUGGUAUAAGCAUCAUAAUGUACUACAGUCCCACAAUCAUCCAGAUGGCAGGCUUCAAAUCAAACCAAUCAGCUCUUUUCCUGUCUCUCAUUGUGUCUGGAAUGAAUGCAGCUGGCACAAUUCUUGGCAUUUACCUCAUUGAUGCCGUAGGCCGAAAAAUUCUUACUCUUGGUAGCUUAUCGGGUGUGGUUGCAGCCCUGGUAAUCCUCUCUACAUCAUGCUACCUUAUGGGACAUGGCAACUCAAAUCCAACACUUGGGUGGAUUGCAAUCAUGGGUUUGGCUUUGUAUAUUAUUUUCUUUGCACCAGGAAUGGGGCCUGUACCAUGGACUGUCAACUCUGAGAUUUAUCCUGAAGAGUAUAGAGGUAUGUGUGGUGGCAUGUCCGCAACUGUCAACUGGAUUUGCAGUGUGAUAAUGUCCACCAGCUUCCUUUCGGUUGUUGAUGCUAUAGGGCUUGGUGAGAGCUUCAUGGUUCUUUUGGCAAUAUCUGUGGUUGCUAUUGUUUUUGUGAUCUUGUUCAUGCCAGAGACCAAAGGAUUGACUUUUGAGGAAGUGGCACUCAUAUGGAAGGAGAAAGCCUAUGGGAAGGACAGAAACGAUGACUCCCUUGCUAACAAUGCAGUUUGA